ACGGAGCGGAGCGGAUCACGUGUGUCUCGUCACGGCUCCAGGAGGACUGGAAGGGGCUGAUAUCAGUGCUGGAGGAACGCAGCAACACACUGGUCAUGUCCACCGACUUCCACCAGGGAGCGGAACAGUUCCUGGGGCAUGUGGAGCGCUGGUGUGAGGCGUGUGCUGACGACUCUUUGACGGUGGAGAUGGCAGAGCUGGAGGCGUCCAUACAACAACACCAGACGCUCUACGAAGAGAUAACAUCAGCCUACACACAGGUCAGUGAGAGCGGUAAAGCCCUAUUGGAAGUGCUUCAGCGUCCAGCGGAGCCUGACGAGUCUGGGUUACCAGCGGCAACCACUGACUUCACAGCCGCAACACACGGCAUCAUGGGAGUUCUGCACGAGGUCAUGCAGGGUCACCAGCAUGUCGAAGGGGCGUGGCAACACCGCAAGCUCCGCCUACACCAGCGUCUGCAGCUGUGUGUUUUCCAGCAGGACGUACGGCAGGUUCUGGACUGGGUGGAGCAGCAUGGAGAGGUGUUUCUCAAUAAGCACACCGGUGUGGGGAAGAGCCUCCACCGAGCACGAGCACUGCAGAAACGCCAUGACGACUUUCAACAGGUGGCCCAGAACACCUAUACCAAUGCUGAGAAGCUGCUGGAGGCAGCAGGUCAGCUUGCCCAGUCAGGGGAGUGUGAGGAGGGGGAGAUCUACUCUGCUGCUGGGGACCUGGAACUCCGCAUGCAGGCCUUCAUACAGAGAGUAGAACAGAGGAAACUACUGCUGGACCUCGCUGUCUCCUUUUACAUACACACCAAAGAGCUGUCAGCGUGGAUGGAGGGUCUCCAGAGGCAGAUGGCAGGGGAGGUGUGUGUGUGUCCUGACUCAGUGGAGUCUCUACAGGCUCUUAUCACCCAGCAGCAGCAACAACAGGCCAACACACAGGACGCCUCGCUCUCUGUCAUCAGGGAGGGAGAGGACCUCAUCCUACAGCUCAGGCCCCAGGGCAGUUCAGUGGGCCAUGUGGAAUCAGUGCUGCAGUCGUUGGAGGAGGCCCAGGUUCAGCUGGAGGAGCUGUUCCACCAGAGGAAGAUCAGGCUGGACGUCUAUCUGCAGCUACGCAUACUUCAGCAGUGCUCUCUGGAGGUGUCAGGGGAGAUGGAGGCGUGGAAGCAGGACCUCCAGAAGCAGGCCCAGGACAUCACCACAGAGAAGCUAACGCUAGCACAACCGCGGCUAGUGGAAGCCAACCAGGAGAAGCUAGCAUUAGCGCAAUCGAGGCUAGUGGAUGCUAACCCAGAAGGGCUAACGUUAGCGCAGCAGCGCAUACACAGACACAUGGAGCGACGGCUAGCCAUGAACAACAUGACCUAUGAGGUCGUCCAGCAGGGUCACGACCUUCAGCAAUACAUCACCGAAGUACAGGCCUCAGGUAUUGAGCUGACAGCUGAGGGGGAGACUGAUCUGUCCUCUCAGGUGGAGGGGCUCCAACAGCUUCUACAGGACAAGCAGAAGGAGCUGCACCAGAUAGUCGAACACACACACACACACCUGGAGCAAGGCUUGCAGCUACGCCACCUACAGACUCAGGUCAACCAGGUGCUGGGCUGGAUCAGUGAAGGAGAGGUGAUGUUGUCUUCCUGUAUGGUGAACUCCAGCUCUCUGUCGGAGGCUGAACAACUACAGAGAGAACAUGAGCGCCUCCAACAGGCCAUAGAGUCUCUGCUUCAUGCUGACUCUCUCCAGAGGACCCACCAGGUGGCGCUGGCGCUGCAGCAGCGGGCAGAGCUGCUGGUAAGGGCGGGCCACUACGACCCAGAGGCAGUGAGGGCGUGUGCACAGACGGUGGCGCUACACUGGCAGACCCUGAUGCUGCGGAUGGAGGACCGCCUCAAACUUGUCAACGCCUCCGCAGCCUUCUACCGCACCUCACAACAGGUUUGUGGUGUGUUGGAAAGCCUGGAGCAGGAGUAUCGUAGGGACGAGGACUGGUGUGGUGGCGGAGAGCCAGGGGAGCAGGGGCCUGCCGAACACCUCCUCCCCCUCAUCAACAAACACAUGGAACAGAAAGAAGCCUUUCUCAAGGCAUGCACCCUGGCCAGGCGCAACGCAGAGGUCUUCCUCAAGUACAUCCACCGCAACAGCGUUACUAUGGCAACCAUCUCCGGGCACAGUGCAGGAGCUGAGGUCACUGGUCACUCCCGUGUGCCUGAGCAGCAGGUCAAAGGUAUCCUCAGUGAGCUCCUGCAGAGGGAGAACAGGGUUCUACAUUUCUGGACUCUGAAGAAGCGUCGUCUGGACCAGUGUCAACAGUACCUGCUGUUCCAGAGCCACGCCCAACAGGCGUUGGAUUGGCUGCAGCAGAGUGGUGAGCACUAUCUGUCCACACACACGUCGCCAGGGGCAACCAGCGCAGAGACCCAGGACCUGCUGGCUCAACACAGAGAAUUCUGCGUCUCGGCUAAGCACACUCAGGAGAAGGUGCACCUGCUGAUCCAGCUGGCAGAGAGCAUGCUGGGUAAGGGCCACUCCCACAGGGUGGAGCUACGGAGGUGUGUGUCGACGGUGGACAAGCGCUACCGAGAGUUCUCCAUGCGCAUGGGCCAGUACCGGAACACACUGGAGACUGCACUGGGAGGCUGCACUCAGGACAAUAAGGACCUGGAGCUGGAGCUCAUCCCCAACAGCCUCUCUGACUCUGACCCUGAAGUGAACCUGAACGACCCCAACCACGAGGUCAGCGAUGAGAAGAGGAGGACUGCCAGGAAGAAAGAGUAUAUCAUGUCAGAGCUUCUUCAGACAGAGAGGGUGUAUGUGAAGGAUCUGCAGGAGUGUAUCGACACCUACCUGUGGGAGAUGACCAGUGGCUCUGAAGAGAUCCCCAUUAGGAUCGCCAACAAGGAUGACGUUGUCUUUGGGAACAUCCAGGACAUUUAUGAGUUCCAUAACAGUAUUUUCCUGAAGGAGCUGGAGAACUAUGAACAGCUACCUGAAGAUGUGGGUCACUGCUUCGUCACCUGGGCGGAUAAGUUCCACAUGUAUGUGACGUAUUGUAGAAAUAAACCAGACUCCAGCCUUCUGAUCCAGCAACAUGGGGCAGGCUUCUUUGAGGAGGUCCAGAGGAGGCAUGGUCUUGCUAACUCUAUCUCCUCAGCGCUCAUCAAGCCGGUUCAGCGCAUCACCAAGUACCAGCUCCUUCUCAAGGAGUUGUUGGCGUGUUGUGAGGAGGGGAAAGGUGAGAUCAAGGAGGGUCUGGACGUCAUGCUGAGUGUUCCAAAGCGAGCCAACGAUGCCAUGCAUGUUAGCAUGCUAGAGGGUCUGGAGGAGGGCUUGGAGGUGCAGGGAGAGCUCCUCCUGCAGGAUACCUUCCAGGUGUGGGAUCCCAAAUCCCUGAUCAGGAAAGGCCGGGAACGCCACCUGUUCCUGUUUGAGCUCUCGCUGGUCUUCAGUAAAGAGAUAAAGGACUCCUCCGGACGCACCAAGUACCUCUACAAGAGCAGGCUGAGGACGUCAGAGUUGGGGGUGACAGAGCACAUUGAGGGGGACCCCUGUAAGUUUGCUCUGUGGGUGGGCCGUACCCCCACCUCGGACAACAAGACCGUCCUCAAGGCCUCAUCUCUGGAGCUGAAGCAGGAAUGGGUGCGUAGCGUGCGUCAGGUGAUCCAGGAGAGGCGUGGCCAUCUAAGAGGGGCGCUGAGGGAGCCCAUCCCCCUCCCCAAGACCCCCGCCCCCACCCUGGUCCGCACGCGCAGCAUCAACAGGAGAGACACCAAUGAGGAUGCAGACAGCCUGGGAGAUGCCAGCAGCCAGCCGGACACCGUCUCCAUUGCCUCCCGCACCUCUCAGAACACAGCAGACAGCGACAAGCUGUCCGGUGGCUGUGAGUUGACCGUGGUCCUGUUGGACUUCUCGGCGGGCGGUGCCGAGGAGCUGAGUGUUCGUUGCGGUCAGACCGUGGAGCUAGUGGAGCGGUCCAGUGAGCGAUCUGGCUGGUGUCUGGUCAGGACCACAGACCACACCCCCCACAGGAGGGCCUGGUACCCAUGAGCGCCCUCUGCCUUUCCCACUCCCACAGCACUGACAUGGACGGCUUGAUGCCUGCCGCCACCAACACUGCCACCGCUG